AUGGGCAGGGGGCAGGGCGGGGCGAACGGGAACCCCUUCUCCUCCUCCCUCGGGUCCGGGGCCCAGGGGCCCAACGCCGCCUGGGCGCCGGGCCCCCUGGGCCCAACCCCUCAAUUUCCGGUCUCCGGGCGCACCGGCCCACCCCACCCUCCCGGGCCUCUCCGGACCGGCCGCGGUUCCUGGGUGGGCGGGGGCCGGGCCCAGGCCCCUUCCCCUCCUCCCCGCACCCCCGCUCGGGGUCCUCCCGCCCCGCAGGGCCGGCCUGUCGGGGAACCCCGGAGGGGCCCCCGGCGGCGGCCGGGCACGGGGCGGGGCCCGGGGCCCGCCCUCCCGCCCCCGGCCCCCCCCUUCCUCCCGCCCUGCAGCCGGGCCGCGUCGUUCUGCGGGGCCGCUGCGGCUGCGGGGGCCGGGGGCUGCCUCGGGGCUCCGCCGCCCGGGACCCCCGCCCGUCCGGGGGUGGGGUCAGGGCCGCCCGGGACCCCGCCCCGUCGGCUCCCCGCCCGCCCCACCCGGCGGCCCCGCCGGGAUGCGGCGGGCGGCGGCGAGCCGCGGCUCGAGGCCGACGCCCGGCCCCGGCCCCCCUUCCCCUCCCCGGCUCUCGGGCCCAGCCAGCCCGGGGCUGGGGCCCGCGCUGCACAGCCGCCAGGCUCCUCCCUCCCUCCCGGCGACCAUCGGCGGUGGAUCCCAGGGCGGACCCCCCUGGAGCUGGCCUGUCCUGGGGCUUGGGUCCGUCCAGGUCCUGCGCGGCUGGCGCCACGUGGGCGGGAGGGCCGCCAGGGCUGGGCAGUCCUGCAGGAGGCCGUCAGUACCGGGGACCCCGAGAUAGUGCAGCUGGUGUUGCAGUACCGGGACUACCAACGGGCCACCCAGAGGCUGGCGGGCAUCCCUGAGCUCCUCAACAAGCUGUGCCAGGCCCCCGAUUUCUAUGUGGAGAUGAAGUGGGAAUUCACCAGCUGGGUGCCCCUCGUGUCAAAGAUGUGCCCCAGCGACGUGUACCGGGUGUGGAAGCGGGGCCAGAGCCUGCGGGUGGACACCAGCCUCCUGGGCUUCGAGCACAUGACCUGGCAGCGGGGCCGGCGGAGCUACAUCUUCAAGGGCCAGGAGGCCGGGGCCCUGGUGAUGGAGGUGGACCACGACCAGCAAGUGGUGCGCACGGAGACGCUGGCGCUGGCCCUGCACGAGCCCGAGGCGCUGCUGGCCGCCAUGCAGCCCAGCGAGGAGCACGUGGCCAGCCGGCUCACCUCGCCCAUCGUGUCCACCCACCUGGACACCCGCAACGUGGCCUUUGAGAGGAACAAAUGCGGGAUCUGGGGCUGGCGGUCAGAGAAGAUGGAGAUUGUCAGCGGCUACGAAGCCAAGGUGUACAGCGCCAACAACGUGGAGCUUGUGACGAGGACCCGGACAGAACAUCUCUCUGAUCAGGACAAGGCCAGAACCAAAGGUAAAGCCCCGGUGGGGGAAGACCCUUCCCAGUCCUUCCUGGGAGGUCCCACAGCACCCUCCCACAAUGGGGCCCGUGCCGCAGUCCCGGCCAGUCCCACCAACCCCACGGCCAUCUCUCCCGAGGAGUACUUUGACCCCAACUUCAGCCUUGAGGCCCGCAACAUCGGCCGGCCCAUAGAGAUGUCCAGCAAAGUCCAGCGGUUCAAGGCCACCCUCUGGCUGAGUGAGGAGCACCCCCUGUCUCUGGGCGACCAGGUGACCCCCAUCAUCGACCUCAUGGCCAUCAGCAACGCCCACUUCGCCAAGCUCCGGGACUUCAUUACCUUGCGCCUCCCACCAGGCUUCCCUGUCAAGAUUGAGAUCCCUUUGUUCCACGUGCUCAACGCCCGGAUCACUUUCAGCAACCUGUGCGGCUGCGACGAACCUCUGAGCUCCGUGUGGGUGCCAUCCCCCGGCCCGAGGGCCCCAGAGCCCGCCUGCCCCACUGGGAGCCCCUUUCCUUGUGAGGUGGACCCGGCCGUGUUUGAGGUGCCCGAGGGGUACAGCGUGCUGGGGGCCGGCCACAGUGAGCCCUUAAGGGACGAGGACGAUGACCUCCUGCAGUUUGCCAUCCAGCAGAGCCUCCUAGAGGCUGGCACUGAGACGGAGCAGGUGACCAUCUGGGAGGCUCUGACCAACACCCGGCCGGGCCCCGAUCUCCAUUCUCCGUCACCUGCCUAUGAGGAACAGCUGCAGCUGGAGCGGGCCCUCCAGGAGAGCCUGCUGCCCCCUCCUGAAUCUGGGGGCCCAGGGUCCCCUCGCCUGACCCCUCCCUCCCUGAGCCCCCCCAGCUUCGACGAGCAGCUUCGCCUGGCCCUGGAACUGUCCUCCCGGGAGCAAGAGGAGAGAGAGCGCAGGGGGCAGCAGGAAGAGGAGGAGCUACAGCGGAUUCUGCAGCUCUCCCUUACUGACCACUGAACUGCCCGCUCAGGACAGAGAGGACACUGCCCAGGCCAGGCCUCAAGCCUGGCUUUUAUAAUUUAUUUAUUUAUAAACUGACCAGCUGAGGGGAGGGGUCAGGGGUCAGGGGUCGGGCAUUGCCCAAGAUGGAGAUGGGGCAUGGAAAUAAAUGAGAAAACACCCUGUG